AUGUCCGGCUGGGUGGAUCGGUCCAAGACCACGCAAUCCUCCAACUAUCGCGGCUCGACGUCGUUCGCGACGUUCAUGAUCAUCGGGCCGACCUGCUUCUUCCUCGGCGUCCUCUUCGCCUCCUUCCCCUAUGACUUCCCCCUUCUCUGGACCUCGGCGCCCGUCCCGGACACCUUCCUCCAGCACCUCGAGACCCACCUCAAGUUCAUGCACCAGUCCCCGCCCCUGAUCGGCCGCCUCCUCAACAUCAUCGUCUUCACCGGCUUCCUCGGUUUCUUCAUCAAGCUGUUCCGCCCCUCCGAGGCCAACGUCCUCUUCGACGGAGCUUCCCUCGUUCUGUACCUCAUCGGUGUCGGCGUCUACAUCACCAACAUCGUCAAGGGCCUGCGCUCCGUCUCCGCCGGCAUCUGGGACGACCCCGACUUCACCGGCGAGGUCAAGGACCCGCGCGUCGAGGGCGAGAUCAUCCUCGGCAAGGAGGACAGCCUGAAGGUCCUAGCGGCGAGCAACACCAUCCUCGCCCUCGUCCUCGUCGGCGUCUUGGUGUUGCAGGCCGGCCAGUGGUAUGCCGAGCGCAAGGAUCGCGAGGACAUUGUCAAGUUCGAGGAGGAGAAGAGCAGCAAGGGGUCUGCGUCGCACAAGAAGAAGCAGUAA